AUGGCGCCGACUACUCGUCUCUCCGUCGUCGCAUCCUUACUCUCGUCUACCAUCGCGUUUCCUCUAUCUUCUCGACACCCAAGUUCAUCUAACUCCACCACAUUACCAUCGAACUGCACAGCACCAUCAAUAACCUUCGGUGCUUGUCCUGAGGGAGCUCCUUCACAACUUGAAUGUGCGACAUACUCGGUACCCAUAAUUUGGGACGAACCGGAGGGCACAAAGUUUGACUUGGGCCUCGUCAGGUUACCCGCAAAUGCAAACAGCACUAAAAAGAUUGGUUCGCUCUUCAUCAACCCCGGCGGACCUGGAGGUGCAGCAUCUGACUUCAUUGGUUCGUUGGUCUUGGGCGUGCUUCCCCUUCCGGAUGGCCUGACUGAUUCAUUCGAUCUGAUCGGGUUGGAUCCUCGCGGUGUUGGUUUGAGUAAUCCUGUUCAGUGUGAUCAAGAGAUUUGGGCCGAGCGCGUGUCAUGGUUCCCGAAAACGCAGGCAGAGUAUGACACACUUGUUGACAAGAACAAGAGGUACGGGGAGUCGUGUCGCAAUCAAACUGGACCGCUACUAGAAUACUUGGACACCAUCAGUGUCGCGAAGGACCACGAAGCUGUGCGCAUCGCGCUCGGCAACGAGCCUCUGAACAUGGUUGGCAUAUCUUACGGAUCGCAGCUCGGCGCUCAGUACGCUCAGUUGUUCCCCGACAACAUCCGUACUUUGGUCCUCGACGGCAUGCUGCAGCACUCCCAAUCCGUUGCUUCGAACGUUCUUAUAGAAUCUCUCGGCUACAGUAUUGGUCUCCAACACUUCUUCAAAUGGGCCUCAGAAGAGGAGACUUCUCCUCUGAAGGGUGAAGACGUCGCAGAAAUAUGCGCUGGACUGCUCACUAAUGCCUCCACGACCCCGAUACCCGCGCCUUCUUGCGACGGCACUACCUGCCGCACCGAUGUCAACGCCGAAGAGCUUUUGUUCAACGCACAAGCAGCUCUAGUCUUUAAGGACCCGCGAAUUACUGGAGGCCUCAGUACUUGGGGUGACCUCGCCUCCGCCAUCUAUAACGCUACCAAAGGUGACGCUUCUGCGUUCUCUACGCGCUUCGACGACGCCUCUACGGCUGCAUCAACUGCCAUCUACUGCCUUGACCUCAAUCACGAUCCGUCCGUAUAUGACUUCAACUACAUUCAAGCGAAGCAGCACAUGUUCGAUACAUUUCAGCCUCUGAGCCAAGGCGCUGGCCAGUCUACCUCUCUCCUGCACAGCUGUAUCGGUUGGCCGUUUGCGACGCGGAACCCGCCUAAGAAGCUUGAUGUAAACACCAAGACAACGAUCUUGUCGGUCAACAGCGACGCCGAUCCAAGCACGGCUUAUCCUUGGGCAAUUGGCAUGUUGGAAGAGAUUCGCAAUAAGGUAUUCAUUACUAGACAUGGCGAUGGCCACACAAGCUUCCCUAUAGGCGGGGAGACGGCGGCCGCGAUUGCCCAGUAUUUGAUCACCGGCGAGGCGCCUGACAAUGGGCUGGUACUGAAUUCCUAA